UCCUGGUAUAGUGGGAGAAAUGUUGAGUGCUGGAUUUGGAUGUAUUGGAUUUUCGUGGAUGUCAUCGCCCGCUUGUACGGAAUUGGAAAUUAUCACUAUGAACUGGUUAGGGAAAUUGCUAGGGCUGCCGGAAGAAUUUCUUAAUUGCAGUGACGGACCUGGCGGUGGCGUUAUACAGGGUUCUGCAUGCGAAGCGACUCUAGUGGGUUUGUUGGCUGCAAAGGAGAAGACAACACGUCGUAUAAAGACUUUGCAUCCAGACUUGGACGAAGGAAUCAUAAAGGCCAAACUGGUGGCUUAUACGUCAGACCAAUCGAAUUCAUCGGUGGAAAAGGCUGGGUUACUUGGGUCAAUGCCUAUGAGAUUAUUACCAACCGACGAUAAGUGUCGUUUACGAGGAUCUACGCUUUUGGAAGCUAUUAAGAAGGACGAGGAAGCUGGACUCAUACCUUGCUACGUGGUCGCUACUUUAGGUACUACUGGCACCUGCGCUUUUGACGUGCUCGAUGAACUUGGACCAAUCUGCAAUGAGAAUAAUCUGUGGCUGCACGUGGAUGCUGCUUACGCAGGAUCUGCCUUUGUUUGCCCCGAAUAUCGCCAUCUUAUGUCUGGUGUUAAUUAUGUCGAUUCUUUUAAUUUCAAUCCGCAUAAGUGGCUACUUGUCAAUUUUGACUGUUCUGCCAUGUGGGUGAAGAAUGCAGGGUAUUUGAUCGAUGCAUUUUAUGUAGACAGAAUAUACUUGGCACACGAUAAGCAGGGACAAGCUCUCGAUUACAGACACUGGCAAAUCCCAUUAAGUCGUCGAUUCCGCGCUUUAAAAUUAUGGUUUGUCUUACGACUCUACGGCAUCGAAGGAUUGCAGAACCACAUUCGCAGAUCGAUUCGAUUGGCGCUUCGGUUCGAAGAUUUCGUAAAAUCGGAUGACAGAUUUGAAAUAGUAACAGAAUUUUCAAUGGGUCUCGUGUGCUUCAGAAUGAAAGGCGAUAACAGUCUCACCAGAGAACUAUUGGGUCGUUUAAUGAAGAGGAAACGUAUAUACAUAAUAGCAGCGAAUUACAAGGACCAGCUAAUAAUGCGAUUCGUAGUUGGCAGCAGAUUGUGCGAAGAAAAGGACAUAGAAUUUGCCUGGAAUGAAAUAAGUAGUCAAGCAACCGAAAUAUUGGCUUGAAAAAGUCAAACAGCUAAGAUCAAUCGAAUCGCCGGGCCAGCAGCUACUGAAGAAGGCGGCGAGAUUGUAGCGAGACUAAAAGGAAUAAAAAUGGAUGCGAUUGAAAA